GAGAGGAAUCCAUGUAUGUUUGUCUUGGAACCAGACAUCUUACAAUCCGAAUUGCAACAGUCUUAAUUCCACGCGGGUCCGAGUCUUGCAAUUAAUCCGGCGAUGGUCCCCACAGUUGGUCCCCCGAAAAGUUGAUCUGGCCACGGCUGCCUCCCCCCCCCGCCCCCCGCUCCCUCCAUCGCCCUCUCUUUCUUCUGCCUUUGCAAUGAAGACUGAAUCCCCCGAGCGCUAAUUGAAUUAGCCUAUUGAGAAGAUUGUCAGGUACAAUGACGUGGGAUCCCCCUGCAUUUCUCCGGGUCUAUAGGCUUUGGGGACCCGGAAUGUAUAGCCUGACCUUCCCGCUCAUAAUAAUAAUGCCGCACUUGUAGGAGAAAUCUAUUCGCAUUCACUUUUAACAAAACCUCUGGUCAGCCAGUCCCUGUAGGAAGGAUGAAAUCUAUUGUAUUGCAACAACUCAUUUAUGUCCUUCACCAAAGGCCCCAAUGAGAUCUGAUCUGGCCCUAGAAAUAGGAUUAUCAGCGUGUAUAUUAAAGGCGGCGAUAUAUACUUCCUAAACGGAAACGGCGAAGGCCAGCCUGGCGAGAGGCGCAGGGUACACACACGUGUCCAGGGGAGAAGGGGUAUCUUUUUAAAAUCUGGCAAUCUGGCGUUGUCUUGCCGUAGAAAUCUAUGCAACCCUGUGCAGGCCGAAGGAAUCGCAUAAAAUAUACAUCGAAAAAACAAACUCUAGCCAUCCUUCUCUGGUUUUUUUUUUAAUCUACACUGCUGCUGCUUUUAUUAUUAUUAUUAAUCCUUAAAAAUUCAAAGCGUGCCACGUUUUCGUAUUUUUUUUUUUGGCUUAUUUUGGUUGCAGCAGACUUAUUUUCCAUGGUUAAUUUAAAAAAAAAAAAACGGAGGGGGAGAAGGAAGCAGAGGGGGAAAGGGGGGGAACACCCCACUGAAAUUCUUAUUUUAAUGAAUGCACCAUAGAUAGCUAGAUAGAUAUAGAUCGAAAGAACAGUGUUCUUUGAGUCUGAUUUUUCUAUCUUUGGACCAAAAAAAAAAAAAAAAAAGAGGUCUAAUACUGAUCAAUGUAGGAAGAAUCAAAAUACCAUGCAAGCCUCUGGAACUGGGAGGAUAACAGUCACCACCACCUCCAAGUUCUCUUGUGUUUGGCGAUUAUAUAUAAAAAAAUGUACAGACUGGGCCCACGAAUAAGGAGCCAUCCAAAAUUCAAAGCGGGGGAGCAGGCUUUUGUGGUGGUCGUGGUAGUUGUGGUUCCUUUCCUACUUGACGGAUGGAGUAGGUGGGCUUCUCUUCGUUAACUCACAAUAGCUCUGUGUUCGAGAGUGUCAUAGGAGCAGCCAUAAAAAGUUGCAAUCGUUAGUUUCCCGCACCCCACCCCUCCUCGGAAUCUCCUCCUCCCUUCAUUUGGCCACCCACCAAACCCCAAAGCCAGCAGAUGCCCGCACAAGACGGAGAACCCCUGAAUUCUCCAGGACGACCCUCCUCCUCCCUCCAGGAAGGACCGGAGGAGUUUCAGCAAACCCCUGGAGCUAUGCAGGUUUUCAGGCCUUUCCACCUGCAGCCUCAGAAUGUUUAUGAACACCUGGAAUUGACGCGGAGUCACUGAAAGCAGCAGCAGCAGCAGCAGCAGCAGCAGCGAGGACACAACUACCCUGCCACCGCCCGGAAAAGUGAGGCGUGGUGGUGGUAGGUGGAGGGGGGGACCUCGAGUGAAGAAGUGGAAGAAGAGCCAAGACGCCCAUCUGCGGAGCUGGCAGCUGACUAUGGAAGAGCAGACGGACAGUAAAAGUCUGCGAGACUCUGCUCCGACUCCCGGCAGCCGCCCCAGCAGCAGCAGCCCCAGCGCCAGCGGCAGCGAUGGCGAGAGCGUGCCGCUGUCUCCCGGCAGCCACGCUCCCCUGUCCCCGGCCGCGCCGUGCCUCGUGUCCCUGCCUCUCCACCCGCACCACCACCACCACCCUCCGCACCACCAGCACCAUCUCCCGCAGCAGCAGCAGCAGCAUCAGGCGCCUCCGCAGCAGCAGCAGCAGCGGCCGCCACCGCCGCCUCCGCAGCAGCAGCAGCAGCAGCAGCAACAGCACCGCACCACCAACUUUUUCAUCGACAACAUCCUGAGGCCGGACUUUGGCUGCAAGAAAGAGCAGCUCUUGCUCCUGGCCGGGACUGCGGCCGGAGGAGGAGGAGGUGGCGCCGGCGGCGGCGUGGGCGGCGGCCGGGACAGGGACCUUGACCGCGCGGCCAGCUCAGGUAGAGAAAAUGUCAACCCUCUGCUCGGCAGGCCCCCCAACCUUAGCGCGGAGUCGCACGGGAGCCCCGACAGCUCCUCCACGGCCUCCAAAGCCAGCCCCGCCGCGGCGGCCGCAGCGCUAGGGACGGCCAAGCCCCCCAUCUCCUCCUCCUCCUCCUCCUCUUCCUCUUCCUCCUCCUCCUCCUGCUCGGAAGGGAGUGGAACUAACCCGGCGAAGUACGGGGAGCACGCCAACCCCGCCAUCCUGCUCAUGGGCUCCAAUAAUGGAGGAGCUGUUGCCAAGAGCGAUUCUCAACAGCCGCUGGUUUGGCCUGCCUGGGUUUACUGCACUAGGUAUUCAGACAGACCAUCCUCGGGUCCCCGCACGAGGAAGCUGAAGAAGAAGAAGAACGAGAAGGAGGACAAGCGGCCUCGCACCGCUUUCACGGCGGAGCAGCUGCAGAGACUCAAGGCGGAGUUCCAGGCCAACCGCUACAUCACCGAGCAGAGGCGGCAGACUUUGGCGCAGGAGCUCAGCCUCAACGAGUCGCAGAUCAAGAUCUGGUUCCAGAACAAGCGCGCCAAGAUCAAGAAGGCCACGGGCAUCAAGAACGGCCUGGCGCUGCACCUCAUGGCGCAGGGACUCUACAAUCAUUCCACCACUACUGUGCAAGACAAAGAGGACAGCGAGUGAGCCCGCCCAGAGAGCACAGACCUUGUCGGGUUUAUUUUGUUUUUUCGUUUUUUGAUGCUUAAUAUUAUUAUUAUUAUUAUUAUUAUUAUAUUAUUAUUAUUAUUAUGAACCUGAUCGCCAGGGAAGACAAAGAAUAACCAUACAAAGCAAAAGAAAAGAAAAGAGGAACAAUUAAAAAGAGAGAGAGCGCGAGAGGACAAUUUGGGAAAAGACAAAACACACGACAAACACAAAAGGACUUCUUUCCUGCAGUGACACACAUUUGUGGGGGACUUGGAAGGGUGCUAUUUAAGAGAGAGAAAAGAAUCAAAUUUAUUGUCUAUUCAUAGUUAUAAGGAUUCCGAUUUAAAACAAAACAAAAACCCCGAACACUUACAAACAAAAAGUUAUCUAUAUAGCCAAACAUCGUAUGAUCUUGUAUAUAUUUAAUUUCAGGUAAGAAAUGAUGAUGAUGAUGAUGAUAAUGAUGUGUAGCGUUUUUCUAUUCGCUCAGCCGUCGAUCUCCCCCCUCCCCGCCCACCAGCUCCACUUUGGUCUCUCCCCCCCCCGUCUUCUUUUUCUUAAUUAUAGCUCUCAACUCCUCCAGCCCCCCCCCUUUCAGCCUCCUGAUUUUAAAGAAUUUGUCUGGCUCUUCCCGACUUCCCUGCUCCCCCUUUCUUCUUUUCCCUGUCGCGUUUUCGUGUGUGCCUUUCUCUCUCUCUUUCAUUUCGUGCGUGUGCGUGUGGUGUUUCUUUUUCUUCUUCUUCUUCCUCCUCCUCCUUCUUCUCUCCCCCCCACCCUACCGAGUAAGAACAAUAACACUAUGACCCACAGACUGCGAGACUGAACCCCUUGCUGCAAGCCAAAGAUUUUUUUCUUAUGUUCAGAAAUCUGUAGUCUGAAAUAAAGUGUAGAUUGUGUUCAGGAUAUAUACCGAUUCUGUAAUUCUUCUCUGUUCUCCAACCCCACUCCCCCUUUAAUACAUUAAUAUAUUAAAAUACCCUGUUCUUCUUAUUCUUUAUAUACAUUUAUCUCUAAAACUAUCUGGCAUAUAUCUCUCCCAGAUUAUUUUUUUUAAGUGGGGAGAAUUUUUUUUUUAAA